CGCAGUUUUUCCACCCAAUUUAAACUCCUCUCACACCUCUCAGAGGGAACACACACAUCAUUUGAAGAAGGGACUCAUGGCUGACAGAGGCGCUACGACAAUGCUCAUCAUAGCUCUCAUAUUGGUGAUACUUUACACGUUUGCACCAUGUUCUGGAGCAAAUGUUAAAAUCGGUGUCCCUGAAAACUAUGACGGCAUUUUCCCAUGGUAUCUAGCCAAGCUCAACAGCCUGCCACGUAAUUACAGCGACCUGGUGGUGACAGGGGAUGAUGAGGGGAUAUUCGGAGUCGACGCUCAGUUUCUGUACGCUCAAAAACCACUGGACAGAGAGAAACAGCCAUCUUACUCUCUUCAGGUGUCCUUCAGAACAUCAGAGCAGCACCGUCAGAGCUUUACUGUCGAAGUGUGUGUCAACGACAAGAACGACAACGUGCCCACUUUCAUAGAGGAGAGCAUGAGAGGCAGCGUGCAGCUCGGGCUUCUCAAAGGGAUCCCAUUCAUGCAAGUGGAGGCGCUGGAUCGUGAUGACCGCAACACCGCCCACGCCGAGCUGCGGUUCAGCCUCAUGGAGCAGACACCCAGGAUUCCCUCCAGCCAAAUGUUCUUCAUUGACUCCAUCACCGGAGAGGUUUCUCUCACUGAGGAAGGAGCCUCUGCUCUGGACCCCGAGAUGUGCGGCCGAUACAAGCUCCUAGUGAUGGUGAAGGACAUGGCCGGGAGGGCGAAUGCCUUCUUCACCACCGGCCUUGUUACUGUUGAGGUGACAGGAAACACCUGGGCAUCGCCUGACCCUGUGCGACUCCAGGAGAACCUCCCAGGCCCGUACCCCAUCCCCAUCUCACAGGUCAAAUGGAGUGGAAGUCAGGCAGAGUACAGUCUGGAGGGGGAGUUUCCAGAGAUGCUCUUCACCAUCAGCAGAGAAGGAGUCAUUUAUCUCAACGCCCCUCUGGACAGAGAGACACAGGACCAGUUCCAGAUCAGCAUUGUGGUUGAGCGUCCAGAUGGCAGAGAGAUUGCCAAGCCUGUGGAGCUGAGAGUGAUGGUGGGCGAUGCCAAUGAUAACAGACCCACCUUUCCACAGGCACAGUACCAUACUGUGGUGAAAGAACUGGCUGCUCGAGGGACAGAAAUCCUGACAGUGCAGGCGGCCGAUAAUGACGAUCCCAAGACGGACAACGUGCGGAUCUUCUACCGUUUAGUCGGACAAAUUCCAGAGAGUCCUCGUGCCCUCUUCAGAGUGGAUCGUGACUCGGGGGUCAUCUCCGUUCAAGCAGACAGUAUGGAGGGAACAGCACCUCAGUACACCCUCACCAUCACUGCUGAGGAUGCCAAAGGUCUUAACAGUUCGUGCACUGUGGUUGUGACGGUGCAGGAUGAGAACAACAACCCACCAGUCUUCUCCCAACACGAGUAUGGACCAUUUCACAUUCCAGAGGACGCUCCAGUGGGCACCACCGUAACAGCUGUGCUGGCAGGGGAUGCAGAUGUUCGGGGAGGAGACAGCUGGCAGGUGGACUACCGUUUAGAGUCUGGAAACGAGGAGGAGGUCUUUACAUUAGUGACUGACAAGCAGACCAAUGAGGUCUCACUCAUCCUGUCAAAGGUCUUGGACUUUGAGCGUGAGAGUGAGUACAUCCUUGUGCUCAGCGCUCAGAACCCAGUGGCUCUCGUCCGUGGCCGAUACGGACCUGCAUCCACAGCAACCGUCUCCAUCUAUGUGGAUGAUGUAAAUGAAGGUCCAAUCCUGUCUCAAAGCCAUUAUGAGGUGACUGUCAGGGAGGGCGAGGAACCAGGACGGGUUAUCGCUACCAUCCGAGGUUAUGACCCUGAUUCUCAUCCAAUCAGAUACUCUCUUCAAGGAGACACCAAGAAAUACUUUUCAAUAGGCAAGUAUUCUGGUGAACUGAAGACUGUGCAGGCCUUGGACAGAGAGGAGAACAGCACAUACACCAUGGAGGUCAUUGCAGUGGAUGGGCGAAACUCUUCCUUAUCUGCGUCCACCCUGGUGACGGUCCAAAUCCUGGAUGUGAACGACAACAGUCCAGUGCUGGUUGGAGACUACUCCUGGAAGUACCUGUGUACGCCUCGCUGGGAGGACCAAGCUCUGGUGCUGGCCUCGCGGGACAGUGAUGGGCCACAGCAUGGAGGACGACUCAACUUCUCCCUGCGCAGUGACGCCACAGUCCGACGGAACUGGAAGCUGACACCUAUUAAUGAUACUCACACCAACCUGUCCUUAAACAUCCCAUACCUGGCCCCCGAGGUGUACACUGUGCCCUUCACCAUCUCUGACAGCAGCUCGCCUCCCAGGAGCACCUUCAUAAACUUGCCAGUGACAGUGUGUCCCUGCAACGUCAGAGGGAACUGCAAAAUGGCUGCCAAGCAGCUGGAGGGCAUGCCAACUAUUCAGUCUGCAGUUGGGAUUCUGCUCGGCACCUUCGCAGUCAUAGGAACGAUCCUAAUUGUUGUGUUUGUGAGACUCUCCUACCAGAACCCCAAAGAGCCGAGCAAAACUAACCAGGAGAGAGUUCCUCUUAAGAUUUCAAUCUAAUUAGGAUGCUACUAUAUCGUCUGUCCUGCUCACUGGACCAGUGUAACACCAUUGCUUUCAGGGCGCUGAAUUCAUUAAGUGAAUGUUUAAAAAUGAAUGUAUAUUUCAGUAAUUGGAUCAAAGUUCAGACAUAAACUGACCUGACAGCACAAAUUACAAUAUUUGAGAUAUGUUAGAUUAGUCGAGAAACAAUAUAUAAUGUAUGUUAAGUGCUUAGGCCUGUGCCUGGGAAAUUAUGUUGACUUACGUUUUAAGUUUGCCUUUUUUUAUUGCCAGAUCUGGUCAUUUGUUUCAAAAUGGUGCCCAUUUAUUACGACAAAGUAAUAGGGCCAUAGUUUGGAAAAACAUUUCAGAGAUUUAAAGAAUAAAGUCAGAAUAUUAAAAGAGAAAUGUUGCUACAUUUUCAAAAGUUGUAAUUAUAGAUAAAAAAUAUUUUGAAGUCAUAAUAAAAAAAUCAGAUUGCAAGUUUCAAGUUUUUGUUAAAUUGUUAAAAAAAAAAAAUUGUCAAUAUUUUGACUUUAUUCUCAAAAUUAUUUUUUCUAUAACCUUGGCCUAAAUACUCUGUUGUAAUUUACACUGCAAGUAUCUGUUAUUCAUUUCUGCAUCUGAUCAUUGAAAUAAGAUGCCAUCUCCUUAAUUUCUGAUUACAAUAAAUGUUACAAAAAGAUUGUUUUGAAACCAUAAAUCAGAGGAAAUAUGCCUGUAAAUGCUGAGAUGUGAUUUAUUCAUUUAACACAUCAAUUCACAAUUAAAACAUCUUG